GGCUCUUGAUGGAUCCACACCGCCUUCAGUUUCACAACCUCCGGGUUGAUUGCCUGGAUCUCUUGCCAAUCAUUUUGUGAGCCUCACCCAAUAUUGGAAGUCUGAAAUCCAUUGCCCAAGUUGCAGAAAGCGUGAAGAGCAGUAGUUAUGGCGUCAGAAGUGGCCGAGAAUGUUAAAGUCUCCGACCUCACCGAGCACCAGGAGAACCGAGAUCAACAGAAUGUGGUGGACAGGGUGACUAACCUGCCUCUUGUGAGCUCUGCCUGUGAAAUGGUAUCAGCUGCCUACAACAGCACCAAGGAGAAUCACCCGUACGUGAAGACCAUUUGUGAUGUUGCUGAGCAGGGAAUGAAGACUAUCACAGCUGUGGCUGCCAGUGGUGCCAAACCAAUCGUGGACAAGCUGGAGCCUCAAAUUGCUGUAGCUAAUGAAUAUGCCUGUAAAGGCUUGGAUAAACUGGAAGAGAAGCUUCCAAUCCUUCAACAGUCUACACCCCAGGUUGUUGCUGAUACCAAAGAGAUGGUUUCAUCCACAAUAACUGGAGCCAAAGAUGCAGUCUCCAACACAGUGACUGGAGCGAAAAAUGCAGUAACUGGUGCUGUAGAUAUGGCCAAGGGAGCAGUCCAUGGCAGCAUAGAGAAGACCAAGUCAGUGAUGGCUGAAGGAGUUAACACUGUCAUGACGUCCAAAGUAGGGCAGAUGGUGGUCACUGGUGUCGACAGUGCACUCAAUAAAUCUGAAGAGAUAGUUGAUCACUAUCUUCCUAUGACCGAGGAGGAAUUGGCAAAACUAGCUACUUCUGUGGAAGGCUUUGAGGUGGCCCCAGCACAAACGCAGAGUUACUAUGUGCGCUUGGGAUCUUUAUCUUCAAAGAUUCGUCAUAGAGCUUACCAGCACUCUGUUUCUAAGAUGCAGAAGGCAAGACAAACCAGCCAAGAUAUUAUGGCUCAGCUUCACAACACUGUGGAUUUGAUUGAAUUGGCCAGGAAAGGAGCAGAUUCCGCAAAUCAGAAACUGCAUGAUGUCCAGGAGAAACUGCAUCAGACCUGGAUUGAUUGGCAGAAGAAACAGGCAAAAGGUCAAGUGGAGGAAGAAGGGGUUCAGAAGCCAGAGCUCGAAUCCCAAACCCUAACCAUGACUCGCGGUCUCACCCAGCAACUACAGACGACCUGCCUAACUCUCGUUUCAAAUGUACAUGGCCUCCCUCAACACGUUCAGGACAAAGUGCAGCAGAUCCGCAAAACAGCAGAGAGUAUCCACACCUCGUUCUCAUCUGCCAAUUCCUUUGGUGAUCUUUCUGGGCAGCUCCUGGCACAAAGCAAAGAGCAGAUGCUGAAGAUCCGGGAGUCCAUGGAUGGGGUGAUGGACUAUGUACUUCACAACACUCCACUCAACUGGAUGGUGGGUCCAUUCGCUCCACAACUGACAGAGCGGCCGCAGUCAGAAGAGAUGGUUGAAAUGGAUCAAGUUCAAAAUUAGACAUGACCUGCUUAGAUUGAUAUUAGUGGGUGGUUUAUCUCCUGAGACAAACUUUUAUUAGGUUUAGUAAUCUGAGAAUUUGAAUUGACCUGGCUGGUUUGACUAAAUUGUAUUUCUGUCUACACAAUCGGCAAAUGUGUAACUUUUUUUUAAAAUCUGGAGUCUCUUAAUUAAAAAUCCCAUGCUUACUUAACUGGAGAUGACUAAAAUGCACAAUGGCACUGGAGCGGAUGACGCAGAAGUAUUAAGUCUAUAAAGUCUAAAGAUUUGGUUCUCCAUGAUAUUCAUAUCUGAAUUUUGACAUGUGAAAAUCAUAUUGCAAUCCUGACUAUUUGACCAAAAGGUUAUUCUGAUCCAAUUGGAGUGUGACCUGUGGUGGUUUUUUUUCACUUCUGCUGUUGUAUAAAGUUCUAAAUCUACAACUUCAGGUGUUUGUCUUUUGGAACAUGUACAAGACAAAAUCAUGUAGUUUUGAUUGAGUUCUGGACCUGAAUUUUAAAAACUCAUUAUUGUUAAUCUUUUGAAACCUUGAAAGAGCUAGGUUAUCUGCAUCUUCAAAAUAUGUACAAGACGCGCGAUAAAGUAAAAGUGGCAACAUUGGUUGACUUUUUUUCUGGUUUCAAAUUGCUUGUCCUCAUUAUUAAUUUUUGAGCACUUUAUGUGCAAUUUUAGCCAAUUAGAGCACCAUAUACCUGGAGGUUUGCAUCACUUUAAGGUUUUUUCAGUGUUUCCAAUAAAUAAACCAAAACCAGUGCUGUCACUUUAUGGAAAAUUUAACCAUAUUGUACUGUAAUAUGUAAAAUUCUUAUUGGCUUUUCACCUUUAUAAUCUGACUAACUACUAGACCUGUAUAAGAGGUUCCUUUGGCAGAGGAUAAACACAAGUGGAUUAGUAGCAGAUUGACUUGUUUAAAAUAAAGUGCACAUUUCAUUUCUAA